UCUCUCACAGUUUUGGAGAUUAAGCCAGCGCAUUGCUUAUAUAUUUCAAGCUGUGCCGCCCUGCGGACUCCCAACCUUGUGUUAUUUGUGCCAGGGACCUCGAACAAGAAAUCUUAUAGAGAUCCGACACAACUUUAGCGAUGACAGGAGUCCUGCCUUUCCUGGUGACUUUUACAGUCCUGCAUCAUCCAUCAGCUAUGAUCCUGAAUGACAUGUAUGGAACCUUCCAUUCACCCAAUUUUCCUGAAUCCUACCCAAAGGAUUCAGAAGUCAGAUGGAAUAUAAGUGUACCCAGUGGGUAUAAAAUUAGACUUUAUUUCAUGCAUUUUGACCUUGAGCCCUCAUACCUCUGUGAGUAUGACUAUGUUAAGCUGGAAGCUGAAGAAGAAGUGCUUGCCACAUUCUGUGGACGGGAAAAUACGGACACAGAGCUGGUGCCUGGAGAGCAAGUCAUUAGUUCUCCUAGAAAUACUCUCGUUGUGACAUUCAGGUCUGAUUUCUCUGAUGAAGAGAGGUUCUUUGGUUUCAAGGCCCAUUACAGCGCAGUAGAUGUGGAUGAAUGUCAGGACAGGAAUGAUGAAGAGCUGACAUGUGACCAUUAUUGUCACAACUACAUUGGUGGCUAUUAUUGCUCUUGUCGCUAUGGCUACUUGCUGCACUAUGAUAACAGAACUUGUAAAGUUGAGUGCACUGAUGACUUGUUCAGUGAGCCGACAGGAGUACUCUCUAGUGUAAAUUUCCCAAACCCCUACCCCAAGAGCACUGACUGCACAUACCACAUUAAGCUUGAGGAUGGAUUUCUGAUCAAUCUGGAAUUUGAUGACACUUUUGACAUCGAGGACCAUCCAGAAAUCACCUGUCCCUAUGACUAUAUAAAGAUUCAGACUGGACAGAAAGAGCUUGGUCCAUUCUGUGGUGACAAGCCUCCAGACCGUAUCCAGACAGCAAGCAACCAUGUUCAGGUUUUCUUCCACAGUGACAGUUCAGGCGAGAACAUUGGCUGGAGACUGUCCUAUACUGCUGAUGGAAAUAACUGUCCAGUUCUAAACCCCCCAGUCCAUGGCCAUUUGGAGCCUUUUCUUCCCCAUUAUUCAUUUAAAAAUCAUAUCUUAAUUACCUGUGAUCCUGGAUACAAAGUGUUAAAGGAUGGUACUGAGAUUGAUCAUUAUGAAAUUGAAUGCCAAAAAGAUGGUACCUGGAGCAGCAGUGUGCUCACUUGCAAAAUGGUGGACUGUGAAUCACCAAGGGAGAUUUCCAUGGGUGUUGUGAUGUUCGAGACAUCCAGAAACAGCACUUUGUUUGGGUCUAGGAUCUACUACACCUGCAAAGACCCUCUGUACCAGAUUCAUCCUAGGAUCAACAGUACCUAUAUCUGUGGAGAGACAGGAGAGUGGACCAACAAAGAAAUUGGAACCAAACUUCCGUCAUGUCUGCCAGCAUGCGGGAAGCCGGAGCAAGCUUUGCCAUCCGUGUUGAAGAGGAUUGUGGGAGGGCACAUUGCAUCCCCAGGUCAGUUCCCCUGGCAGGUACUACUCCUGGUGGAGGAUGCCACCCGUGUUCCUGAGGACCGCUGGUUUGGAAGUGGGGCGCUGAUCUCUGACUUGUGGGUGCUGACAGCUGCCCACGUUCUGCGCUUACAGCGCCGCGAUGCCUCUGUGGUCCCCGUGGCUCCAGAGCAUGUGCAGGUCUACAUGGGCCUUCACCAUAUCCAAAGCAAACACCUGGCCCUCAACCGUUCCAUUGACAAACUAGUAUUGCACCCUUACUUUGACCCCCGCAACUACAACAAUGACAUCGCCUUGGUCAAGAUGAGCCAGAGAGUGCCGAUGAAUGCACUUGUCCUGCCAGUAUGCUUGCCUCUCCGUGACCAGAGUCGCAGUGAGCUGCUGCCCAGCAUGCUUGGUUUAGUUGCUGGAUGGGGGAUAUCAAACCUUAACACAUCCAUUGACAGUAUGGUGACCUCUGAUACAGGUGUUGUAACUGAUAUGUUGCAAUACGUGAAACUGCCAGUGGUGGCAAAGGAGGAAUGCCAAUCUAGCUAUGCUUCCAGGUCUGGGAAGUACAACAUUACAGACAACAUGUUCUGUGCGGGUUUUUUUGAGGGUGGCCGUGACACGUGCUUAGGUGAUAGUGGAGGAGCGUUUGUAAUGGUGGAUCCUGAUACUGGGAGGUGGGUUGCUCAGGGACUGGUGUCUUGGGGGGGACCAGAAGAGUGUGGAAGCCAGCGUGUCUAUGGAGUUUACACCAAACUGUCCAACUAUGUUGAAUGGCUGCAGAGUCACCUGAAUCUGGGAAGUUGGUGGUAAAGUAUUCAUAGGAAAAGCAUAUUUCUGUGGGGAACAAAACAACAGCAUACUAACUUUGAAAAUUACACUCCAAUUCUUUCUAUUGACAGUAUAUUACUAUUCUAUGUUACUUAAAUAAUUUUUUACUUUACUUAGAGUACAUUUUUAUAAUGUUUUAGUAGCAUCUAUCUAUCUUCCAUAACUAAUCAUCCAGUAGAGGGCCACGGGAAUCCCGGAACCAGCUGACGCAUACUGCACAUACACACAAUCAGACACAGAGAGCCAUUUAGAGACACACAUAUGUUCUGCAAAAGAAACCUACAGAAAAGCCAUACAAACAUGGGUAAACCAUGCAAACUCCACACAGACACUAAUUCAGAGGUAAUAGCCAGAGUGCCUUUAGCACCAUACUCCUAAUAUUUGGAAAAAUCUCACAGGAAAUUGCACCUCCUAAACAUGAAUUCCAAGCAGUUUUGCAUAAUAUUCCAACCUAUCAAAGUCAACCCUAUACUUUCUCUAUCUAAUCCAGACUGAAUUAUUGUGUAUAGCAUAAUUGCAUC